AUGGGCAAAGGAGGCAAGGGCGGCAAGGGCGGCAAGGGCCAAGGAGGCCUCCGAAGGGGUCAGCCAGGCCGGAGGGGCCGCAGCGAUGCAGCGCAGGUCCAGAGGCGGAACCGAUGGAGAAGGAGGCGUGGAGGUCAAAAUCAGGGUCCAAGAGAUGAGGAACUCCCUGAUCUCAACUCCCAGGCGGAGCAGCUGUGUGCUGGAGCUGAAGUGGAGGGAGAGGAAGCGGAGAAUGAGGCCGAGGAAUUCCUGGAGGCCGAGGCCUUUGCAGACCUCGACGUGGAGCCCGCGGAGCCCGCGGAGCCGGCGGAGCCGGCGGUGCCCGCUGAGCUGGAGCCGCCGGAGACGAGGUCGGUUCCAGUGCCUGCACCUGGUCGAAGACGAAUCUUCCACGGCCUUCAAGAACCGGAGAAGAGACUUCCCCGGCCACCUGAACGUCCGGCUCAACGUCCGGCAGAACGGCCGAAGACCGCCUUCUCGGUGACCGAGAAACCCGCGAAGGAUGUCUCACGCCUCAAUACGAUGCUUCGAAGACCCGUCUAUAUUGGCCGAAUCAAGAACAUCAGCCCGAAGAAAGGACUGGGCUUCAUUGCAUGCCAUGGCACCUGGCAACGCUUCGGCCGGGACGUCUUGGUUUCUCCAUUGGAGCUGAAGAACUUCCAGGAGGAGGACGAAGUGCAAUUCCGCGUGAAAUUGGAUGGGAAAGGUCAACCUUUGGGUUAUGACUUGCAGUCGGCCAGAUCAGUGCCCAGUGGCGAAGCGUCGCCUCGUCCGAAGCCCUCUUUGGCCCCACGUUUGACCCCUGGGGCCCCUCCGCCGUUGAGCGCUUUCCAGGAGAGGCCUCUGACAGCAUAUCAGCUCCCCAGGGCCAAGAGUCUUCCAGCGAAGCGGAUGCCAGGUGAGAGCAACUUGGCCAAGCAAGUGCAGGCGGUGGGCGCCGAACAUGCCGUCGGCAGUACGCUCCUUCCGAAGCAGGCGUCGUCCAUUGCUGAGAGCAAGAAGAGGAGCUUCGACGCGCUCUUCGAACAGACUCAAGCCAUGCUAGCGACCAAGGCCAAGAAGAAGGAUCUGGAGCCCGGUCAAAACCGCGCGACUCCUAAGGUGACUCCUUCACACCAGGAGAUGUUGCUAGCGCCGGCACGGCAGACGAUCGCACCCUCGCAAGCCAAGGCGCAGGCGAAGGUCCUGCAGCUUCCCCGAGCAGGAAAAGGAAAUGCCUGGCGACUGCAGCUGCAGGCAUACCCUAACCUCAAGCCCGAGGCUUCUCUCCAGGCUGUGCCGAAGCUCCUUCAGGCAGUACCUCCUCAGCCGGCCAAGCCCACAGAGGAGGUGCUCCUGUUGGAUGUGGUGCCGAACAGUGCCGCCUUAGUGCAGUCUCUCCACACCAGCAUUGAAGCAAGGCCUGGCGUCAGCCACAUGCAUUUCGCUCAGCCGCCAGGUAACGUGCUUGCGCCUUGGCGGGCAGAAAUCACAGGCACUCCUAGUGCGUUGCAGCAGGUCCAGAGCUAUCUGAAGGACACCUUGGAGCACGGAGCGGUGCGUGUGGUGGGCACGGACCAGGUACGGCAGGAAGAGGUGGAUUACAACCUUCGCGUGACAGUGAAGGGUUUGCAGGAGAGAUUUAUCGAGCACUGUGCGAUUUCGCGGAAGGUGUUGGCUCCCAUCUCUGCAGAUCCUGUUGGGAUCCUCUGCAGAUCCUGGUGCAUCCUCUUGUGGUUGUGCCUCCUCUUUCCCCCUUUGUCCAAACAACGGCUCAACGACGCGGUACCGACCGCCAUGUCGCUGGCCACGGAGCUGGUGGCCGGUGGCUUGGCCGGUGCCGUGGGCAUCAUGGCCACGCAGCCCAUGGACACCAUCCGCAUUCGGCUGCAAAGUACCAGCCAUGCUCUGGGACGAGCGCCCUAUGCUGGAAUCAUUGAUUGCUGCAGGUCUGUGCUCAAGACAGAAGGCCUCAGGGGUCUUUGGAAAGGAUAUGCUUCGCCAACCUUCACAGUUGGCGGGAUGAACGCGAUCCUCUUCUUAACCUACGAGGCCACCAGCCGCUUUUUGAGGGAUCCUUCGAAGAAGGAGGACUCCUUGCAGACCGUGUUUCUGGCCGGCUGCGUGGCCGGCAGUGGCAGCGCAUUGAUCAAUGGACCCACGGAGUUGGUGAAGGUCUUAGCACAGACCAACUUGAAGAACAAAGGCACCUUGAGUGAAGAAUGGCACAUCGCCAAGACCUUGGUGCAAGAGCAUGGCGUUCUGCAUCCCCGUGGGCCGCUGCGUGGACUCGGGACCACCAUCAUCCGAGACACUCCCAGUGUUGGGCUCUACUUCGUGGUCUAUGAGUUGCUGACUCGGCAGCUGGGGAAAGGUGAUUUGUCCAGCUUCGUGGCUGGCGGCUGUGCAGGAGCAUCUGCAUGGGCUUGCGUUUAUCCCAUUGAUGUGAUCAAGACGCGCUGGACGACGGCCCAAGCGGGCGUCUAUUCUUCGGUGCUGCAGUGCUUCAGGCGACAGAGAGUGAGAAGAGGAUGGGACGUUCUGUCCAUCUUUGAGUCUCAGUGCAGAUGGACUUAUGAAGGUCUUCAAAGAUGCAGUCUUCUUCUCAGAGACGUCUGGAUAUGUCUGGAAGGGGGCAUGGUGAGGCAGUCGGAGCCUCCACAGCCCAGACCCUCAAAACUCGUUUUGAUUUGAGGGCCUGGAUUCUGGUGAUGUGGUUGAGCUUGCAUACAACGAAGCUGAGGAGGGACCAAAGACUGUGCAGAAGCUCGGGCCAUGUGAACUCAGAAGGUGCCCCAGCAGUAUGCUUUUGAGGUUUUGACCUCCAAUCAAUCAUCCAGAAACUCCUUUUAGAGGUUGGCCUCCACUUUUUCAAGAAUAUUUAGAAUUGUUGUUUCAUCCGGCUGACAGGACGACAACCAAGCAGGGUGGUUGGGGAGCACUCUUAAGUGGCUUCUUGGAUUUUCAGCGCAGCUUCGUCGCGCAGCACGGUCGACGUGGUGCGUCGUCGUUCUUCAGCUGUUGUUCGUUCUGAAAGAUCCGACGGAAUGAGACGCUACUAGUAACAAAGGGCAUCGCUACGAACGGAGCGUUCGGACGCUACGAACGGGGCUCCUGGCCUUACUACUAGGAGCAAGACGCUACUAGUAACAAGAGCAUCGCUACUAGUAACAAAGGGCAUUACUACUAGUAACAAAUAGCCACUAGUAACAUGUGCCUGGAGUCUCAGUUUGUACUCGUAUGUUGGAAAAUGGGUCGACUGUACCUGUCUUCAUAGGGUCAUGUCCCAUUUUCUAUGAUACUUUGGAGCGUCCAGGUGGUUCUUGAAAAGGACAUUGCAGAUCUAGUUGGCUUCGCUUCCAUUCCUGCGCACUGAGUCAUUUGGUUGGUCGCGGAGCGGCUCUAUGAUUUGGAUGUUGCUGUUUUUUCACGUGAACUAUAUUGCAGGGCUUCUGAAGAGCACAGGGAGUUGAAGUUGAAGAAGUCCCGAAACUCUGGAGCAAUGUGAAUGAUCGGGUGUUCGCUCUCCAGUGCGGGACCAUCUUCUGUUUCUUCAUCACCAUCCUGGUGUCAUCCUGGUGCGAGUGGCCCCAAGUUUCGGGGCUACCAUGGCUCGCGCCUGGCCGCAGCAUGCGGUGGUCUUCUGCACAUACGAGUUGAUCAAGAGUACCUUGAGCCGCUGAAGGAUGUGAGAGCCUUUACCGCGCCCCGUCGUCGAAGGCUUCGGUCGGUGACUCCAAAGACUUCGCACACGUUGAGACGCCGAGAAAAA